AUGGAAAAGACGACACGAAAAAAACGAUCCAAUAAAGGAUUGGAAGAUGAAUUAGAGCUUUCCCACUACGUGGGGUCCAUAUACUUUUGGGACGUUUUCAUAUAUAUAUUCAUCUGUCUAUGGGACAAAGAAAGGUACUCACUAGAUUAUGAAAACAGAGAUCUGGCUUUUAAGCUUAAAAGUGCCUUGAAAAAGUUACAUCAAUAUCGCGGAACACCAGAUAACGCGUUUCACCGGGCAGACAUAUUGCUCGAUAAUUUCAUGCGAUCACGGCGGUCUAAGGAGCACGAUGAUUGUGAUCGUUAUGUUCGCACUGCCUAUUCACGUAUGGGAUAUAAGAAGAUUACCCUCCCGAAACGCUUCGAGGCUACUAUUACAAAUAUGUCGUCCGAUCAUCGUGGUUCGCUCAUGGAAGUCUGUAUACAACAGCUUCGUAGUCGCGCAUCCACAGCUAAACUCGUGUAUACAACGAUGAUUGAUUCAGCGAGCGGCAUGAACCUUGAAGAUGCAGACGAGGAUUUAGACACUAUGGAAGCGGAUAAUCUGGACUCGCUCAAAUACCAAGCGAGUUUAAGUAGCUUAACUAAUUUUAGGUGGACAGAUGAUGAUGAUAAUAAUGCUGUCCAUUUGACGGAAGAUAUCAACAACUUUCGUUUAUUUCUGGAAGAUUUCACAAGAGUUAAAGGUCGAGAUAUUAUGUUCUACGAACAAGAGGCCAGAAAACUUUUGGAGGAAUAUAAAUGCGAAGAAGGAGAGAACUUGAAGUCAACUUUAUCCUCGGUUUUAACGCGUCGCGUACUGGAGUUAGUACUGAAUUCUAUAGAUGAAUAUUUUAGUCAAGCCGAAUUUGAAACGGCGAUUGAUGUUGAUAUGGCUGCUCCUGAUAUCGACAUGGGUUCAUCCGAUAAGGCUGCAGACACUCGGACCAAUUCUAAUUCCGAAAACCUAGAGGCGGAGAUAGUCGGAGCUACGAACCAACUUACGGGAAUGCUGGAUCGUUUUGUUGAUAUUCGUGAUGGCAACGAUGCACUAAGUCAGGUUGUGUCAGCCCAAGUUCGCCAACGAGUCCAUGCAAUUUUAGGAUUCCGUGGUUUUUCAAACGAGAACCAUAGAGUAAUCACAUCGAUAACUGAAAAAGUUAAUGAUCUGAUGAAUAAGUACCGGUCAAUUACCGAUGACGCCAAGUUGGAACAGUCGGAAAAAGAUGCAGUACGGGUCGUGCGGGAUAUCAUCCGCAUAUUUAGAUUCCGACUACAAGCCCAAGAACCGGUUCCCGCAGUUAAGUUUAUUGAUGCGGGAGAGAAAUUCGAUGGCGGGUUAAUGGAAAGUUCAGCCGAUGAGAAAUGUAGAAAUGCGCGGGUGGAACUAUGCUGGUUCCCCGUAAUAUCAACCGAUAUGGAUAGCAAAAAGCGGAAGACGUAUAGUAAAGCGAGGGUAUUGUUAAAAUAUAGCUCAGAGAAGGAAGAAGAAGAUAAAGUUGAUAAUAAAACAGGAGCGGGAAUUGAUAGUGAUAUUGACGAUACUAUUGAUGUCGAUGAUGUUAAUAUCAGUAAAUACGAUGAUGCUAAUACCAGGAAAUACGAUGAUGAUAAUCCCAGUAAAUACGAUGAUGUUAAUAUCAGUAAAUACGACGAUGGUUCCUCCGGAGAUGAAUUAAAUACUGAAGCGCAAAACGUGAUAGUUGAUAAUAGUACUGGUAACGCCAACGAAUAG